AUGUUGUCAGUGUCGCGUUCAUUCUCGCUGCUGCUGCUGCUGCUGCUCUGCCUACUGCAGCAGAACUCGGCCAGAAUCUUCGAGCGCUGCGAGCUUGCUGCCCUGUUGCAGCAGCGGUACGGACUGCCAGCUGCCCAGGUGGCCACGUUGGUCUGCAUUGCCCAACAUGCGAGUGAUCUGAAUACGGCUGCCUUCGGCGGUGGCAGCGGACCGGGCGGCGGCUCGCACGGCAUCUUUCAGAUCAGCGACGUCUACUGGUGCUCGCCUCCGGGUCAGGGUGGUGGCUGUGGACUGAGCUGUGCGCGUUUGCGCGACGACGAUAUUGCGGACGAUGUUUUGUGUGUGCGUAAAAUCUAUGCGGAGCAUCAGCGCAUCUCCGGAGAUGGCUUCAACGCCUGGCAGGCCUACAGCGCUUACUGUCGCCAGGAUGCAGCUUCCUACGUGGCAGGCUGUGGCAAUUCCAAUGCUCUGCAGGUGGCUGCUUCCUACCAGCAGCCGCAGCAGCAGCAGCCGCUGUGA